GAGCAGAGACAGACCGAGUGACAGCGUCUGAGUCCCGGGGACGAACAUCACGGAACCUCCGUGAAUAAAAAAAAGAACCCUGCAACACAGUCAAGAUGCCGAACAAAACCAAGAAGGAGAAGGAAACAACCAAAUCUGCCAAAAGCAGCACGAAGAACAGUAACAGCAGCGGCGGCGGCGGCGGCGGCGGGAAAGAUGCUGCCGCCGACAAUUCAGACGAAUCCCAGCAGCAGCAGAGUGGCAGUAAGCGUCCCAGUAACAGCACGCCGCCUCCCACUCAGCUCAACAAGAUCAAAUACUCUGGAGGUCCUCAGCUGGUGAAGAAGGAGCGACGCCAGAGCUCGUCCCGCUUCAGCCUAACCAGGAACAGAGAGCUGCAGAAACUACCUGCUCUCAAAGAUGCUCCUCCGGUGGACCGUGAGGAGCUGUUCGUGCAGAAGCUGCGUCAGUGCUGCGUUCUGUUCGACUUCGUCAGCGACCCGCUCAGUGACCUCAAGUACAAGGAGGUGAAGAGAGCCGGACUCAACGAGAUGGUCGAGUACAUCACGCACAACAGCGACGUGGUGACCGAGUGUAUCUACCCAGAGGCCGUCAUCAUGUUUUCAGUGAACUUGUUCCGGACUCUUCCUCCGUCCUCCAACCCGACCGGAGCCGAGUUCGACCCCGAGGAGGAUGAACCGACGCUGGAAGCUGCCUGGCCCCACCUGCAGCUGGUUUACGAGUUCUUCCUCCGGUUCCUGGAGUCUCCAGACUUCCAGCCCAACGUCGCCAAAAAAUACAUCGACCAAAAGUUUGUCAUGUCGCUGCUGGAGCUGUUUGACAGCGAAGAUCCCCGAGAGAGAGACUUCCUGAAGACCAUCCUGCACCGGAUCUACGGCAAGUUCCUCGGCCUCCGAGCCUACAUCCGCCGCCAGAUCAACAACAUCUUCUACAGAUUUAUUUAUGAGACAGAACAUCACAACGGCAUCGCUGAGCUGCUGGAGAUCCUGGGGAGUAUAAUCAACGGCUUCGCUCUCCCGCUGAAAGAAGAACACAAGAUGUUUCUGAUCAGAGUCCUUCUGCCGCUUCAUAAAGUCAAGUCUCUCAGCGUCUACCACCCGCAGCUGGCCUACUGUGUGGUUCAGUUCCUGGAGAAGGACAGCAGUCUGACAGAGCCGGUGAUCAUGGGGCUGCUGAAGUUCUGGCCCAAGACUCACAGUCCGAAGGAGGUGAUGUUCCUGAACGAGCUGGAGGAGAUCCUGGACGUCAUCGAGCCGUCGGAGUUUGUUAAAGUCCAGGAGCCGCUUUUCAGACAGCUCGCCAAGUGUGUGUCCAGCCCCCACUUCCAGGUGGCAGAGAGAGCUCUGUAUUACUGGAACAAUGAGUACAUCAUGAGUCUGAUCAGCGACAACGCCGCCAAGAUCCUCCCCAUCAUGUUUCCCGCCCUCUACAAGAACUCCAAGAGCCACUGGAACAAGACGAUCCACGGUCUGAUCUACAACGCUCUGAAGCUCUUCAUGGAGAUGAACCAGAAGCUGUUUGAUGACUGCACACAGCAGUACAAGGCCGAGAAACAAAAAGAAAAAUAUAAGCUGAAGGAGAGAGAGGAGAUCUGGCACAAGAUAGAAGAGCUGGCCAGACAGAACCCACAGGUACACUCACCUAGUAAUAAGCUCCACCCCCUCCGCCCCGGACUCCACCCACAGGAAGAGUACAUGCUGUACAGUGACAGCUCUGUGGCCGUGUACUCGAUGGAAACAGAGACUCCGACAGCUGAAGACAUCCAGCUGCUGAAGAAGACGGUGGAGACUGAAGCCUCGCAGGGUCUGAAGGAUCUGAAGAAGGACAAAGUCCUGAUGAGGAGGAAGUCGGAGCUGCCGCAGGACGUCUACACCAUCAAAGCUCUGGAGGCGCACAAGAGAGCUGAGGAGUACCUGACAGCCAAUCAGGAGGCUCUCUGACCGGGGGAGGCGAUCCCCGCUGAGCCUGACUCCGCCCCCCUCCUGUCCGUCUCUCUGGGGAGGAAGUUAAAGUUGUCGUGGAGAAACUGGUCCGGGGUCAGAUCAGGACGGAGCUGACGCUGCGUCCCGUCAUGAAAACCUUCUCACCUCUGACCCCUGGUGGCCGAUAACAAGUAGGACACUCUGUAGAGCUCCGUCUGUCCCGCUGGUGUUCAAACUGUGAUGAAUGAAUCCGCUUCAUGUUGCACUAACACCUCUAACACCUUCAUCUCCGCUUCAAACACCUGCCGCAGCUUGUCUCCGAGUGUCGAACACUGAACGCAGCGUCAGGCACAAAGACACGAGGUCCCUGAACGCAUCACCUGUCGGCCUUUUCCACCACAGAAACUCAACCGCCUGUAACUCCACGUGUAGCCGAUGUUUCCGCUGUUCUCCGCCUGCGUUAGCGGCGAGCUCCUGCAAACAAAACUACAGUCUCCAGGUUGUUUUUGUAGAGACGUCCGUCCACACAGAGAGACACCUGAACAACAGAGAAACUGCUAAAUAUAGUAAAAAAAUCUUUACAAAACAAAACAUUUACACUCUGGAAACCUUCUUGGAAAAGCUCAGUUUUACGGGAGAAAAACACAGUUUCAGUCUGCACAGAGGACUGAGAGAGAGAAAAAGAUGCGUUUAGUGUCUGAAUUUAGAAAAAACGCAU